AUAAAAUGUUCCACUCUAUUCUCCACAUCUUCAUCUUCCCAUAACUACCCCUGAAAAACGAUGGAAUAUCCAUUCGGCCAUCCCAAACACCACCACCACCACCACACACCAGAACGACGACGUGAAGAAGAAGAAGAAUACCCACCUCCACAUCAUCACCACCCCAACAUUCCUCCACCUGAAAGACCAUACACCGAAACUCCCGAAUAUCAUCGCCCUCCUGAAUUCCAAAGGCCGUACACUGAAAAUCCCGAAUACAAUCGACCCCCUGACUUCCCACGGCCAUACACUGAAACUCCUGAAUACCAUCGCCAACCUGACUUCCAAAGGCGACCUCAGUCUGAAUACAAUACCCCUCACUUUCCGCAAGAAUCACAAAACUACCCUCCACCGCCCGUGCAGCAUGUCGCCCACGAGGUGAGGCCUGAGUUCGGGAGAGAGUCGAGCGAGCAUCAUCAUCGCCACAAUCCGUUCUCGUUUAUCCACCAUCACGGGCAUGAAGGAGGGUCGGAGGGGCCGAAGAAGCGGACCGUUAGAGUUUACUGCAAGGCAGAGCAGAAUUACUCUCUUACUAUCAGAGAUGGGAAGGUUAUUCUUGCGAGGGCUGAUCCGAACGAUGAGUUCCAGCACUGGAUAAAGGAUGAGAAAUUCAGCACAAAGGUGAAAGAUGAAGAGAGCUUCCCUAGCUUUGCUCUUGUCAAUAAAGUUACUGGUCAAGCCAUAAAGCACUCCACCGGUGCUACCCACCCUGUUCGGCUGUGGCCGCACAAUCCGGAUAUUCUUGAUGAAUCAGUCCUGUGGACGGAGAGCAAGGACACAGGCGAUGGUUUCAGGGCUCUAAGAAUGGUAAACAACAUCCGCCUGAACUUGGAUGCUUACAAUGGAGACAAGGAUCAUGGAGGGGUACAUGAUGGCACCAUUGCUGUGCUAUGGGAGUGGAAGAAAGGAGAUAACCAGAAGUGGAAGAUUGUUCCUUACUGAUAACUGUAGCAGUAUGUUGGUGAGUGGUCGUAUCAGGUAAGCUUUUAUAGCUGUUUAAAGAGACCUACCUUUGCAGAGAAGGCUGUUUCUUUUCUUCACUAUGUUGGUGUUUUUCAUCGAGUGAAAGACUCUUUAGUUGUGUUGGACUGUUUGGACCUGUAUCUUUUAUAUUAACUUGUGUUGCUUUGAAAUAUGGGUUUGAAGAUUAUAUCUUUUAUAUUAACUUGUGUUUGGACUUA